AGCCUAGAAAGUUCUGGGGCUCCAGGUCCAACAUCUGAUCAUCCCAGAGGUGAAGUGCUCCCUGUGAGAUCACACCCCCAAAACCUCCACCCUCUGCUUCCGGGGUCCUGGUGACACAAAGGGAGGCCUCUAGGACAGCUGUCCCAAAUCCUCUCUCUCACCAUGAAAACACCUCAGAAGCAGCGGCUUGAAGUGAUAGGCGCUUACCAAUAUGUGCUUACUUUUCUCUUCAUGGGCCUCCUCUGCACCCUCCUGGUCCUCUCCCUCCUCUUUACCCGGCUCUGGUCCUUGUCCCUCCUCUAUUUGGUAUGGCUCUACCUGGACUGGGACACACCCACCCAAGGAGGAAGACCCUGCGAUUGGAUGCGAAAGUGGACGGUUUGGAAACUCCAGAGAGAUUAUUUCCCUAUCAAGGUGCAAGUCCAAACUCUCGAGAGACGCUGCUGAAAACUGCAGAGCUGCCGGCCGACCGGAACUACGUGCUGGGUGCCCACCCCCACGGGAUCAUGGGCACAGGAAUCUUUUGCAAUUUCUCCACUGACAGCAACGCCUUCUCCCAGCUCUUUCCCGGGCUUAGGCCUUGGGUGGCCACGCUGGCAGGACUCUUCUAUUUCCCCAUCUAUCGAGAAUACCUCAUGUUCAAUGGGAUAUGUCCUGUGAGUCGACACAGUCUGGACUUCAUUCUGUCCCAGCCCCAGCUUGGCCAGGCAGUGACCAUCGUGAUCGGGGGUGCCCAGGAAUCCCUGUAUACGGCUCCGGGGGAGCACCGCCUCGAACUGAGGACGCGCAAAGGCUUUGUGCACCUGGCACUAAGGCAUGGGGCCUCCCUCGUGCCUGUGUAUUCCUUUGGGGAGAAUGAUAUCUACAGAAUCAAGUCCUUUGACCAAAACUCCUGGCAGUAUCGGUGCCAACUUGCCUUCAAGAGAAUCAUGGGAUUUUCCCCUUGCAUCUUCUGGGGCCGCAGUCUCUUCUCAGCCAAGUCCUGGGGUCUGGUCCCGUUUGCCCAGCCCAUCACUACUGUGGUGGGCCACCCCAUCCAUGUGCCCCAGUGCCCCACACCCACUGAAGACCAAGUGGACCGUUAUCACCAGCUCUACAUGAAGGCUCUGGAGCAACUGUUUGAAGACCACAAGGAGGCCCAUGGUGUCCCUGCCUCCACCCACCUCACCUUCUGCUAGACCUGAGGCCCCGAGCCGGGGCCUGGAGACUUCCGCCGUGUCACGCUCCACUCCUUCAUAAAUGCCAAUUCUGCAGGCAAAUAUGUCCAGACAGGGCCACCCCCAUCCCACGGUACUCCAGAAUGCCCUCUCUCCCCAAGUCUAGGUCUCUGUCCUGACCCUGAAUCUCUUCCCAGUGAGUCUUGGUUGUUUUUUUGACCUCAGAUAAGUCACUACUCAAUUUGUUUAAGUUUCUUACUAACAUAGUUAAUUACACA